UAGCUCUAACAAGAAGAGUCUUCCAAUUUUAUCUAUUUGUCCUCCUUUGGUUUUAUCGCCAACAAGAGCUUCACCACAUGGUUCUGGGAUCCUAUGCUACCACGGAUCUACUGGGAUCUCAAAACCGUGAAUCCCAAAAUCCCCGAGAUAGUUUUGGUAUAUGUUCAUCGGCAUCCAACGGUUUGAUGUAUUUUUAUUGCCGCGAAACCUUACUUUCCAGAAUUUCCGUUUCUUAUACCUGUUUAGGGUCACCGUUGAUGGAAAAGGGAGUUCGACCCAACGACCAGUAGCAAAAUCUCUAGUUAACUACCGUAAGGUUCUCCCUCUAUAGAAAGUGUGGAAUAAGAAAAAUAGUGGGCGAGGUGAUUUGGCGAAAAAGCAACGUCCAUGUGUCGGAAAACUGAAGACCUUCACAUGGAACAAGAACGAGAGAAAAUUAAAAAUAUUUGCUCUCCAAUUUGGUCUGCAGAGAUGCCAAGCAUAGCACGGCGCCGGAUUGGGCUUCAGCAGGACGCAAUUACUUUUCACAAAGCAAUUCGUAAGCGCCUUUGAGUGUUUCUUCAUUCUGGUGUCCCCACAUGAUCACUCCCCACAAGAUAAAAAGUUUCAUCCGUAGUUUCUCUGUGAAGAAAAACAAAUCCAAGAAGUUUUUCCUUUACUUUUUUUCACCCUACCUCAUACCAAAGCCGUUAUAGUUGAGGAAAUCGCAGGAAGGAGUGAAGGCUGAAGCUGGUGAUGGCUAAUUUCCUUUGUUCUGUCGCAAAAGUUGAGGUCGACAAUCGCCUCCCAAUCUCUUACUACUUCAGGAUGGCUUCUCACAUGAUCAAGCAGGCCAAAGUUUACAGGGAUGAACACAACGUCGUCGAUCUUUAUGUCAUUCUUCUGAAGUAUUCAAGCCUGGUAACAGAGACCAUAUCUCAGCAUCAAAAUUAUCGUCAUUGCUCUAACACUGAAAAAAUGCAUCACAAGAAGGUUCUGAAGGAGUUUGAAAAGGAACUGGCAGUUCUGAGGCCCUUGGUUAAGCAGAAACUAGAUGGCACCAACAGGCAUAAUACUAUAGAGAUAUCUAAAGACAAGAGUGGUAGUGGUAACUCUUGUUUAAGCCACAGAAGGAAGGAUCAUUCUGGUUUCACGGGCCAUAGUUUCAAGGGAGAAUAUCCUACAAGAGCUGGUUCCUUUUCACAUCUAAAUCACAGAGAUGGUUCAGAUAUCUUAAUCAACAAAUUAUCCACAUCAAGGAGCCACUGUUCUGAGGAAAGUACCAGUGCUGAAGAUGCAGAACUGGCAUCUGUUGUUUUAGUUGACACGCCCAGUAACAACUUGCUGUACGAAGCUCCUUGUUUAACUUCUAUUGCAGCUGGGGACCAUGAUAUUAAUGUCCACAUUGUGAGGCAGCCACGUCCAUCUCCAGUUCUUUCCUGCAUACAAAGACUCCCUGAUGCUGAAACAAAAGGGAAUCUGCAAUUGACUGCAGAUGAUGUGUCGGGUUCUCAAGGAAUUAAGACUGUACAUAUAUCAGUGAGGUUGGUGCAAGACUUUUUGGAACUUGCACGAGGGAACACUGAGAACAACUUAGAAACGUGUGGUGUUCUUGGUGCUUUUCUUGCAAACAGGAUGUACUAUGUUACCUGCUUGAUAAUCCCCAAACAGAAAUCAACUUCAGACUCUUGCCAAACAGAAAAUGAAGAGGAAAUUUAUUCAAUACAGGAUCAGCAAUCUCUGUUUCCUCUAGGCUGGAUACAUACACAUCCCUCUCAGUCAUGCUUUAUGUCAUCUAUAGAUCUGCAUACUCACUACUCUUAUCAGGAACUAUGGGAUUUUUCGACUAACAGAGCCUACUGGGACAACAGUCUUGAGGAAGUGUCAGGAGACGGGAUUUCACGUUCAUGAAGAUCCUAGUGAUGGGAGUCCCCUCUAUGAGGAUUGUUCUCACGUAUACAUGAAUCCAAAUCUGAGGUUUGAAAUCGUUGACAUCCGGUAAUAUGACGGUUGUUCCUCUCAUUUUGAGCUACUUUGGUAGAUAUGUUGCUGCCUUGCUGUGUAUAUGCUGUAUCCCUUGUCAUGUCUCUGUUCACAUUGUGUAACUAUCACUUUGACAGUUUGACGUCAGUUUGCAUUGUUCAUAUUGUAUAAAUACAUCACAUGGCUACAGAAAACGGUUGCCCAUACAAGUUAAGCCUUAUCCCAGAAUGCAAUCUCUGAUAAAAGAAGCAAUAUCUUGUAAAGGAAUACAAGCAAAGACUUCACAGAAUGAGAUCUCACUGUAUGGCAUGCAUGAGGUUGGAGAACAGAGCCAAGUUGGUCCAUUUUUCUGAUGCAGCUCGUCAACGUUCCUCUUGCACUUUACAAGCUUGUCAUGAUGUCGUAUGCUCCCUUUGAAACUUUGCCAAAAAUUGCAAGACCGACAAUGAGAUUUUCUUAUAUCCAAUGAAGAAGAAGCAUUGUCUGGAAAUGCGUUCGCAGCACUAUUUGAUCUCCUGAAACAAAGAAGGUGAAGCCGACAUGGUUCAGACAGCAGAAUUUCCAGUUGUGGGGGUGGUCAUCUAAACACUUGGACUGGUUCCAAGCAGCCCCAGUGGCUUAUGUUCUUCAGUGGUUCUUUUGCAGAGAGAGUAGUGCAUUCAUGCAGUUCCCAAGCACUGUAACAGGACAUAAGUAAAUACCCAAAGCCAAAGUUUUAGCAGCAUGUGAAACAGUGAAAGGACCAUGGCCAUAUAUGGCCGUUUGAAAGGCUGGUUUCUGUUACACUUGGCUGGUAAAAUACUCUUGGUGUUCCCUUCAUUAUAGAGUUGAAUAUUUAUUGGGGAAAGGAUCACAGAGACAUCAGGUCAAUCCAAUACUGCCAGAUUUAGCAGGAUAAACCUACAUGGCCAGAUCUGACCCUGAAAGUGGCUUCGUUGCUUUUCCCCAAAGAAGAAGAAAGAAGAUAUGGUGAACCUGGUUAAGGAAAGUUUGGGAAGUAACGACAUGUUACCUUCCCGUGCAGUUACUCUAUGCCAAAAAAAUUUAUGUACUUAGUUGGGAAAAACUAAAUAGGAAGGCAAUUUUACUGCAACUGAGGCAAAUAGAGUUAAACCGCUUGUCUCCUAACCACUUGUCUUGUAACCACUUGUCUUCUCCACGAAUCAUUGUGACGGUGGAACCGCGCUGACAGGAAUCCUUUUCAUAUAUUAUCCGGGGCAGAAACUCUUUCAUA